AUGUACCAAUCCCUGAUCUUAAUAUUUUUUUUCAUAUUUAGAGCUUUACACUGGUUGGCCAGAAGGAAGGAACAGGAAUGGGACCAGGUCAUCAGAUUACUGAAGCAGAAGGAAGAGAAGCUGAUACAGGCUCAGAGAACAAAAACUCUUAUCAGAGUAGAUGCGGAUCAUGUUCUUUCAAGAUCCCUUGUGCUGCCUAAGCGUCAGAUAGUUAUAACCAACCCAGCCACAACCGUUGCUGCAAAAGUACGGACGAGCUCAAACCAAAGUGCGCAGAGCGCAAACAGUCUAGGAGAUAUAUCAGAGGAAAAGAUUAACACAGCUCUACAAAAAGCUACUGAGAAUCUGGAGAAAGGAGAAGGACAGGAGAAACCUAAAACCCCGAUUUGUCAGGGUUGUAAGAAUAAGAAAAGUGAAUUUGUGUGUGCAGGGUGUUCCAAUAGAUGGUACUGUAGCAGAGAAUGCCAGGUGGAGGACUGGGAUGAUCAUGCGGACGAGUGUUCUGGAUAGAACAGGACCAAAUAUUAUGAACCGGUAUAAUCAAGUAUUUAGAACCGGGCCAAACAAUCAAGAUCCCAACACUGUGUGUGUUUCCGCGUUUCCUUGGUUCCCCAUGCACUCUGUUUAAUUAGUCAAGUUUUCCAUGCAGUUUCCCACUCUCCGUAUCCUAAUUCACUAAAAAGUAUGUGAACACGAGAAUACGUCCCAAGAUAAACUACAACAAGAUCAGUUCAAAUAAAAUUUGCCUGGCUUUUAAUCCCAGUCAAGGAUUAACUGCAGGAGAUGGACGCUGUAUUAAUAAAAACACUGAAACGAAGAAUGGUUUAUAAGUUACUUGGCUAUGUGGUCAAAAGACGAUUUUUAUAAAUUCACUGAGUGAUGAUAAUGUUAAACUGUGUAGUUUUGUGAAUUCACUUUGAAACCCGUCGGUUAGAAUACUUCGAAACAUUUCUAUUUAAGUUCGUUAAUCGUAUUUAGUAAUAAAUUCCUUCCAAAUUUUGA